AUGGAACCACACUUGGGGGAAAAAUACGAAAGCCCAGAACAGUUCAAGCUUUGUCUAACAAAUUAUGCGGUGGCUAAUGGAUACCAAUUGAGGUUUGCCAAGUGUGAUCGUUCUAGGAUAUUAGUACGAUGCGGGAAAAAAAGUGACGAGAAUAAGUGUCCAUUUAGAUGUUGGGCAUCUUGGAUGGGGAAUGAACUAACUUGGCAAGUGAAAUCUUUGGAAAAGAAACAUGUUUGUGCACGAAAAUACAGCCUCGGUUCAUUGAUAACUCCGGGUUGGAUUGCUAACCUUUAUCUUAAUGAACUAAUUCGCAACCCCAAAACGAAAGUCAAAGAAAUGAAAGCUGAUUUUUUACAGAAUUAUUCUUUAAAGCUUAGUAGAGGUCAGUGUGAAAGGGCAAGGGCAUUAUCAUUUACACUAAUUGAUGGCAAGUUGACUGAUCACUAUGCUAGGAUAUGGGAUUAUGGAUGGUUGAAAGGUUGUCGUAAGGUGAUUGAUUUAGAUGGAUGUUUCUUGAAAGGGAAAGUUAAAGGGGAGUUGAUAGCUGCCAUUGGUCGAGACGGAAACAACCAAAUUUACCCCAUUGCAUGGGUGGUUGUGAAUGUAGAAAAUAAUGAUAAUUGGAAGUGGUUCAUUGAGUUACUACAGUCGGAUAUUGAAACAGUUGAAGGAAACAGGGUUACUUUAAUAUCAGAUCAACAUAAGGGUCUUCUUGAAGCCGUGAAGGAGGUGAUGCCACAUGCUGAGCACCGGCAAUGUGCCCGUCAUAUUUGUGCCAAUUUCUAUAAACGUUUCAGUGGAGAGAUUUAUAAAACCUUGUUUUGGGAAGCUACAAUGUCCACAACAGAUCAACAGUUCAAAAACAAUAUGGAAAAGAUGAAAGAGUUGAACAAUGAUGCAUAUGAUGAUCUCAUGAAAAGAAAUCCUAAAACAUGGUGUAGGGCCUAUUUUGCAACAGAUAGGGCAUGCGAGGCUGUAGAAAAUGGAGUAUCUGAGUCAUUUAACUCUUCAAUCGUUGGUGCUAGGGGGAAACCGUUGAUAAUCAUGUUAGAAGAGAUUAGACUUCAUGUGAUGGAGAGGUUUGAUGCAAUGAAAAGGAGUACAAAUUCAUGGAAAACUGUUGUUGCUCCAAAGAUACUUAUAAAGAUGAAAAAAUGGCACAAAAACAUGAGGAAUUGGAUGGUUAUCCCAAGUGGGCCUCUAUUGGAGGUUAGAAAUGGUUAUGAAGGAUAUAUGGUAGACUUGGCAAGUUGGACAUGCACAUGCAGGCUAUGGGUUUUGUCUGGACUUCCAUGUGUACAUGCAUGCGCGGCUAUAAACCAUACCCACCAAAAUCUCCUUGACUAUGUAAGUGAUUGGUUCAAGAAGGAAAAGUAUCACUUGGCUUAUAGCACUUCCAUUGUUCCUUUAAAUGGAAGUAAUUUAUGGGUUAAAACUCCAUAUGAUAAGCUAUUGCCCCCAAAAGAACACAGGAUGCCAGGAAGGCCUUCUGUUAAAAGAAAAAGAGACCAAACUGAAAAAAAGACAAAGUAUUCAACUGUUUCGGGUAAAGGAAAAAUAAAGAAGUGUCACAACUGUUUACAGGAAGGGCACAAUGCUAGGACAUGCAAGAAUGAAAAAGUUGUGCCCCCUCCUAAGGAAAAGAAGCCUCCUGGUAGGCCUAAAAAACCACAUUCUGAUGAAGCACCUUCAAAACAACCAACUACAAGUGGUGGGAGAGGAGGAAGAAGACCAACUAGGGAAAGAGGUGGAAGAGGAUCAUCUGUAGGUAGAAGUGGUGGUAGAGGAGGAAGGUCACUUAUAGAUGAAAUCUUUGAUUCACCAACAGAAAAUGAAGUUAUAAACAUGUUUGAUAAUUUUGAGGAAGACGUAUUUAGGGCUGAAAUGGAAAGGGGGGAAAGUUCACAUAUGAUGCAAUUUCCUGAAUCACAAUUUGAUGAAGGAGUUCCUAUAACUCAAGAUGAUGGAGUGCCUGAAACUCAAUUUGAUGUUGAAAAUGCUAAUUGGGAAGAUCAAUCUCAUGUGGUUGGCGGGAUAGCAUUUAAUGUACCUAUUAUCCGUGAAAAGUUCAAUCCAAGAAAGCCAUCUGGAUGA